CUGCAAACCAAUUUAUUUAAAACAAUUGGAUAUAAAGAUAUUCAUUCCAAUGCUCCAAGAACCUGUCCUGAAUCAAGUACAGAAUGUCAAAGAUUUAGAGUUCAAUUAAGAAAUCUUGAUUUUGUUAAUCCAACAAAAAUAACAUCUAUGUAUAAAAGCCUGGUUGAUGAAAAUGAAUUGAGUGAACAGUUGAAAAAUUUUAGCAAUUUAGCAAAAAAGGCUAGAGAAAAUUAUAUUGUUGAAGUAUUCUACAAUAAAAAUACAACUUAUUUAUCUAAGCCUAUUCCAAUAACCAAAGAAGAAGCAAUUUCCCAGGUUGAUUGUAAUGAAAUUUUGAGGAGUAUCCUUGCAAAAGGAUUUGGAUUUGUCAAGUACUUUAAAAUCUUGGAGUAUGGGUUCUCUCAACGAGAUCAAGCAGGAAGAGAUCUGAAAAGAUCACUGGAAGAGAUUGCGUCAGAAAAUGGCGAACUAUCAUCUAAGGCACAAAAGAUGCUUCACAAAUUUGAUUUAAUGAUAAAUAGUUCAUACAUGGAAUGA